GGGCGUGAGGGAGGCACUGUGGCAGCCUGCUCCGGCAGAUGCGGGGCUGCCAGGCUGAUAGAACGUCAAAAGCAUCUGAAGAAUGGCGCGCGGAGCUAAAUCAACAGCCCUGGGCAAGCCGAGGGAACGCCUGCGACUCAUCGGCAAACAAAAGCCCAGCUCCAAGGAGGAACCGGAGAUAACGCAAGCAAAACAAUUCGCUUUCUCUUGGGCUGCUUGAGAUGGUGGAUACACCAUACAGAAAUGUAGGAGUGAACCAAAGUGUGUGGAAAGGCUGAGCACUCUUAGGGGACACUUACUGAGGAGUGGCGAGCAUCUCAUUGCCUCACUCCGUCUGUGGCAAUGUGAGAGGCGUCAUUGAUAGGGCGGACUUGGCAAAAGGACGCACGCUGGCCGCCGCACGGUGCCGCUCUGACAUACGUAGGAAGCUCAGCGACGGAAGACACCGGGGCGCCAUGCGUGUAAGCCGGCGAGUAACUAAGGACUCCAGUGGUCUUCCCGUGGUUCACAACAGUAAACAUGUGUACGACAUCCCAGAAAACCACAGAUUUCCCAUGGGAAAGUUCCAGAGUAUCCUACUCUUUCUAUUAAUGGAUCAAAUAAUAACCAAUAAACAGGUAUGGACUCCGAGUCUAGCUUCCGAAGAGCUACUUGCCCCUGUGCACACAGAGGAAAACGUGGAUAAUUUCUUACAUGGAAAGAUUAGCAUAGAAGAGCAGAAGAGGACGGGCUUUUCCUGGAGCGACGGUCUUGCCACAUGGUGCCGAUAUGAAACAGGUGGUACGGUUCUGGCAGCAGGGAUUGCUCUGCAAAGAGGACUUGCGUCGAGUACGGCAGGGGGAACGCAUCACGUCUUCCCCAGCUACGGGGCAGGAUUCUGUCUUAUCAACGACCUGGCUGUGGCUGCCAAAUACUGGAUGGAGGAAUCCUCAAAGAAGAGGAAGGUCCUCAUCGCAGAUUUGGAUGUGCAUCAGGGGGAUGACACAGCCUACAUCUUCAGGGAGGAACCUGAUGUAUUUACUUUCUCCAUGCAUUGUGGGAGCAACUUCCCCCUAAGGAAGCAGCAGAGCGACCUGGAUGUCUCCCUGACGGAUGGGUUAGAGGAUAAGAAAUACCUCGCAACAGUUAAGUUAUGCUAACCUGCUAGAAGCAAUGUGGGGAGAGUGUCCCAAAGGGUAUUAAAAGCACACAGUCAGUUACGUAAUAAACAUAGUCUAAUAUA